UCACCCCCGCCUCCAAAUCCCCAAACCCUUCCUCCGCCGCGGCGGCGCCAUGGGCUGCUUCCUCUCCUGCUUCCGCGCCGGGGCCGAUCCCCCCGCCGGUGGCCUCCGCGAUCCGCUCGUGUGGGAGGAGGGCCGGCUCGGGGACGCCUUCUUGGACGACGAGACGAAGGUCGAAACGAGCUUGACGCUGGGUGGGAAAUGCAGCGAUGGCGGAAGCGUGCGAUUUUAUCGGAACUGGGCAAAUUAUCUGAAAUCCUGUGGUGCGAUAGCCGAAACCCCACCAGAAAUUCUGAAAGGUCCGAUCCAAACCACUGAAGAAGAAACUAAUGGGGUGAAUAAAGCGACAGUGGUAUAUGAAGAAAACUUAUCUGAAGGGUUCAAUUGUGAUGAUCAUAGUGCUUUGAAACAUGAACAGUACAUUGAUGGAGUUGCCGAUCAUUUUCUCGAAGUUGAAUCUGUGCCUCAAUCAUCUUUACAGGGCAAGUCUUCAAGUCAUAACAUAAAAAACCAGCAGCUUGAUUCUAGUGAUUCACCUUACCCAACCCCUCUGGUUCUCAGAGGUCAUAUGCAAACUCCUGGAACACUGACUACUGCAUAUAAGGGGGCUUUAAGGUCUGGGAAGCGCGCAAGGGCCAACAAGCAAUUCAUCUAUCCUGUCCUCAGACCUAUCGAGAACAAAUUACAGUGGAUGGAAUUAAGAGAUGACUCUUCACCUGUGCUGUUAUCCAAUCCUCCAAAGAGAAGAUACUUGAGCACAGAUUCUAGUGAGAAACCUCAAGAGAUCAUUAAAAAUUCAAUGGCUACACGGACAGAGCAGACAACCUCUGCCUCCUCAUUUCAUGAUAUUACUGCACAGCAGGAUCAAGGGGUGAUAUCUCCGGAUGAAACCAAGAGUGAGAACGACAACCGAAAGCUGUUAGAUGAUGUAGAUCAAUUGAAAUACAAUGCAGACAGUGCGAGGAAGGGUGUUGCAAGCCUUUCUUGUUGGCUUAAGCCUCCAUCUUCAGAUGGUGGGAGUCAAAGUGACACAGAAGGCAAGGUGGGAAAGCAAAGAUGCUAUGACAAUAGUGUUUUUACAGACCUGCCUAUCUUUACAGCUUCUGGUCUGAAUUGGGACGAUGACAAGCCUACUCCUGUGUUGCCAAAGCUGUGGGAUGGUAAUGGUAUCCCAAACACAACUACCAAGUACAAAGAGGACCAAAAAGUCAGUUGGCAUGCAACUCCUUUUGAGGAAAGGCUGUUGAAAGUUCUGUCCGAUGAGAAACCACAUCAUCAAAGGAAACUCAGCGGAAAGCUGAUCCAACUUGAUGAAUAAACCAACUAAAGAACCUUGCAAGAAGAGUAUCAUCCUCAUAGCAUCUGCAGAAUCACCAUCGUCCUUGAAACAGUCUGAGCUGUGAAAGGGCCCCAGCUUUGGGUCCUCUGAGAUGAGCUCUACAAGAUGCACAUCUUGUCAUCUGUACAGCAUUCGCGAACAGGAUUUCUGAGCUACAUUCCCGUCUAUUUCAUUUCGGACCGUUAUUGUGAAGUUGUCAACUUAAGUUGUCGUUUUGCUAGUUGCUACACGUUGCAACAUUCUCCCCUGUUAAAAAAAAAGAUGGUAUAGCUGCUGCAUCCUUUGAACAUGAACCGCUAAUUUUGGUUCUUGAUAUCAAUAAGAACAAAACUUUGCUUAUAGUUUUCUUC